GGCCUUGACAGCUGGCUCCAUGUAUUUAGCCAACCUUCUCAUGAAGUGCCAAUUUAUUUGACCUCCUCAUCAUCGAGACCAUUUGUAUAUUGUAUUUUUAUUCAUUCUCUCUCUCUCUCUCUCUCUCUCUUUCUCUUUGUCUGUCCGCAACCAACAGCCAACGAUGGAUGAAUCCAGCUCACAUAAGUUGGUUUGGGACGGCGACGCCAAAGCCGUGCAGCAGUGUCUAACGGAUAUAUUCACCAGCGUCUACACCACGUGUGACAUUCCGGAAAAUGCAAUUUUCGGCCCUUGUGUAUUGAGCCACACGUCGUUGUAUGACAGCAUAGCCUUCGUAGCACUCAAAUCAACGGACAAACGAACUGCGCCGUACAUAUUCAGGGUAAGGAAAUAAUACUAUUGUGAUUUUCGAGAAUGAUAAUAGUGAUAAUGUUCUAUAUUUACGAUUUUAUUACAUCUCCUUAUUCAGACUGAAUUAAAUUGUCUGCCAUGGUUGAUUUAUCAUUAGGUCUAUUGCACCCAGAGUAGGCGACAUUGAAGAUACAAAUAUGUUUUUUCAUUUCUAUUUCUUAUGACAUUGGUGUGACGCCUAUAUUAUUUGUAUUAGACCCAACUGGACGUGUUAUCUUACAAGAUAGCAUGCAGGUAUAAUGCAUUUUGAUAGUUGCACAACCAAAACACAUUCAAAAUAGCCUAUAUAUUUAUUUUUGGCCACAGCCUAUGCGUAAACGGUAAGAAUGAAUGCUGAAGCACGGACUUCUCGUUUGGGUCCAACUAACGAAUUUUCCUCGCUUUCUGUCACCGUUCAACGCGCAGGUGGACACGUCAGCAGCCAACAGCACGUCGGACGGCUUGAUGUGGCUGCGGCUCGUGCAGUCGGCGCGGGACCGGGACGAGCAGAACCUCGAGUCCUACGUGAAGAACGGACAGCUGUUCUACCGGUCUCUCCGGAGGAUCGAGAAGGACGAGGAGCUGUUGGUCUGGUACGGGAAAGACCUGAUUGAGCUGCUGCUGCUCAGCGCGAGUAAAGCACCGGUCAAGGCCAAGGGUGAGUUGGUAGCCUAGUAGCUUGGCCGGGUAGUGGAACAGACCUAGAAGGUUUGCACUGAAGCGUUCCGUUUCAGUUGGCUGUUUUGUAGUUUCGGUCUCGCCUUUCUUGAUAAUGAUCCAUCAAAAAUAAUUCCAAUAGUCUUGUAGCUCAUAUUCAGUUUAUAUUCAAAUUGAUAAAAGAGGAAAAUAACAGCUUUUGUCAAAUAAGACUACAUUGUACAUUUACAAUCAUUUACACCAACAGUUGAGGGUAAAUAAAUUGCGUAAAUUAGGUGUUCCAAAAAUAAAUGCAAUAGGCUUAUUUCUGUAUUUAUAAUUUAUAGUUUACAAUAAUCAGAAGAUGAUAGCUCUAUUUCAGCUUUACCAAAACAUUACAGAACCCACUACUGUUUUUUUAAGGAAGAUACUGUAUAUUAGCAAGCUUUUUUAUUCUUUCUGAAUGAUUUACAUUCUUUUCCUUCUGUUCAUUUCCAGGGUCCGCUCCCUACUCCUGUCCUGACUGCAACCAGCGCUUCCAGUUUGAGUUCCCCUUCCUGGCCCACCUGAGGUUCCGCUGCACCAAGAGACUACAGAGCAUGGCAGCAGGCAGUGUGGACGAGGAGGUCCACAGUAAGGAGCCAAGCACAGAGCGCCCUAACCCCAACACUACCACCACCACACCCACCAGAGCUAGCCCUAAACUGGGCCGCUCGGAGGGGGACAGCGCCAAACCCUCCACAGACUUCCAUAACCUAGCCAGAGACCUGGAGAACAGUCGGACCAGUCCGCCGAGUGACCGUGAGGCUGAGAUCCGCAGCGAGAGCUCUGGGAAGAGGAAGUUCUCCGAUGUGGAGGACAGGGAGAGGGAUGGUAGCAGGGCCUCUCUGAGUCUGUCUCAGUCCCUCAAGUCUAAGGAGGAGCUGGCUAGCUCAGCACAGAACUAUCGGGGAGUGUACGGCCUGGAGGAGAAUCGACGAGGGCCGACGUUCUCCCCUCCAGGGUCGGGGUCCACCGAGUCGGGUGGUGAGGGUAAACGCAGUGCCUUCACUGAGGUCAAGAAGUCUCCACAGAGCUUAAAGACGCACAGUAACAGCGGCAGCACCAAAAACCUCCAGAGCUCCAAUGCCGAGAACAAGGACGGAGGUCGGCCCAGCCCGGGCAGCAACCCUCCCCAGGAGAAGCAUCUCAACAUCAGGCAGGUUCUGUCAGAGACCCAACCUCCCCAGUCCCAGACCCGCAUGGAGUCCUCUCCGCUCGGGAGCGCCUUCACCUCCGUAGUCCAGCAGGGUGGGGGCAAUGGCGGGCAGAGGAAGAGCGCCUUCAGCCAACCCUCCCGCCACUCUACCUCCUCCUUCUCCCAGAUCUCUCCUCUGGUCAUGACUACGCCCAAACUCCUGGACUGCCACCCGGCGGUGGGCGACACCAUCUCUUCCUCCAGACUCUACCAGGCAGACCACCUGGCCGCCAAACUCCACGGCGCAGAGCUGGGCGCCAACUGCCCAGUGCCAGGAGCCAUGUCCAAGCAGAGCCCGUUCCUCUACGCGGCGGCUGCAGCCACAGCCUUCUGGCCCAAGAGCCAGGGCCCCAUCCAGCUGCAGAUGCCCUCAGCGCUAACCUUACUACCACCCUCCUUCACCUCUCUGUGUCUGCCCGCCCAGAACUGGUGCGCCAAGUGCAACGCCUCCUUCCGUAUGACCUCUGACCUGGUGUACCACAUGAGGUCGCACCACAAGAAAGAGUUUGCCAUGGAGCCAAUGGUCAAGAGGAGGCGUGAAGAGAAACUGAAGUGUCCAAUCUGUAACGAGUCGUUCAGGGAGAGGCACCACCUCUCGCGUCACAUGACCUCCCACAACUGAUUUUUAGAUCAAUAACAUACCGUUUUCACACAUGCUAGGGCGAGCUGAACUAAGCUGAGCCGAGCCGAGCUGUACUGUACUGCACUGGCCUGGUUACGGAAUUGCAUUUGAUUAAGAAACCCUUGCUUGAAAGGACAGUGUGUAAAGAAUAUACGGUAGGCGAAGCAGAACAGUAAGGUUUGGCCAUCCACUGAAGCUUCUGGGACGGACCGUAAAAGACAAUGGGAAAAUAGUAUACCCCUGCCAGGCCAGCACAGCACGGUUUGGGUCAGCACAAUAGUGGGAAAGGGGUAUCACAUCACAGACCAUGGGGAGAAACUUUUUUGCUGACUGACUGACUGACUGACUGACUGACUGACUGACUGACUGGCUGACUGACUGACUGACUGACUGACUGGCUGACUGACU